AUGAAGAUCGUUGAUCAAAAAUUAGAACAACGUAAAUAAGAACUUUUAUAUCAAAUGACUUAAGAAAAUUAAUAAAUUAAUGAUCAUUUUCAUUUAAAAUCAUAUUAAAACAUUUUAGCUGAAUUAACUUAUAUUAAUAAUAAAAAAAGAUCACAAAUAUUAGAAGAAUUUAAGUUAUAGAAUGAAUAGGUUAUUGUUGUUCCAGAGUUAGAUUUAUAAAAUGAUAUUGAUAAGGAAAUAGAUUGUAAGUAGAUGUUGAAAAAAAGAAUUGAUUAGAUUGAGCAUUCGGUGAGAAUUAUUGAAAAACAGAAUAAUUUAAUGAAUGAGUAAAUUGAACUAUACAUUUAGAAUGAUCCAAAAAUUCAUCUAAAAGAAAUUGAAAACAAAUAAUAAUUGUCCCUUUUUGUUCAUUAUAUUGGAACCAUUAAAAAAGCAAUGAAAUUAGAAAAGGAAUGGUAGACUUAAAAAAUUGAAAAAUUAAAAUAUAAGGCAGAAAAGUCAUAAGCAAUUACAGAGUAAAAAUUAAAAGAACUAUUAGAAUAAGAGGAUAAAGAGAUGUCGCUGUUACUUUAAUAUGAAUAGACAAGUGAUCAAAUUAAUUAAAUAAAUGAAGAAAUUAAAACAAAAUUUCACAAAAUUGAAGAAUGUGCUGAGUUAUUAGAAGAAUUUGAUGAUAUUGAUAAAUUACGAUUAAUAUUUGUUUUAGAAAAUCCAAAUGAUUUUGAACUUGAAGAGAUUUUAUAACAUGUUCGUUUGCAAUUAAGAUAACCAUUUUCUAGAUUAUAAUUGGCAUCAUCUUUAUAAGAAUAUAUAGAUAGAGCAAGAUUUAGUGGAGUUUCUUCUAGAAUGAAGAUAUUUUUUAAAUUUCAUGAUAAUGAUUUGAAUUAUUCAAUCAAUUAAUUGAUAUAAGUUUAUAGAAAGUUAUAAUUUCAAGAUGGGACACUAAGAAAUAGAUAUGAAGAUUUAUUAUUAUAAAAAGGGCAAUUGAUUAAUAAUUUACUAUAUUUGAAUUAGUUGUAAUUUUAUGAGUUAGAUGAACCUGAAUCUGCAGCACCGUAAAUAGAUGAAUCAUAACAUGAAAUGGCUCAAUAUCUUAAAAAUAUUUAGAUAAGACAUUUAUCAAAUAACAAAUAUUUUUUUGUAAGAAUUUUUACAAUGCUUACAACUGUAUUAUCUAGAAUACUAAAUUCAUUGUAUAAUAUAAAAGAAAUUUUGAAGUCUUGCAAUUCUGAUAUGUUUGGACAUGAGUAAAUAAUUAUAUAUACAUAUUAGGUUCUAUUUAAAAUGGACAUAUAAUAAAAUGUUUAUAUAAUUNAAAAAAAGAUCACAAAUAUUAGAAGAAUUUAAGUUAUAGAAUGAAUAGGUUAUUGUUGUUCCAGAGUUAGAUUUAUAAAAUGAUAUUGAUAAGGAAAUAGAUUGUAAGUAGAUGUUGAAAAAAAGAAUUGAUUAGAUUGAGCAUUCGGUGAGAAUUAUUGAAAAACAGAAUAAUUUAAUGAAUGAGUAAAUUGAACUAUACAUUUAGAAUGAUCCAAAAAUUCAUCUAAAAGAAAUUGAAAACAAAUAAUAAUUGUCCCUUUUUGUUCAUUAUAUUGGAACCAUUAAAAAAGCAAUGAAAUUAGAAAAGGAAUGGUAGACUUAAAAAAUUGAAAAAUUAAAAUAUAAGGCAGAAAAGUCAUAAGCAAUUACAGAGUAAAAAUUAAAAGAACUAUUAGAAUAAGAGGAUAAAGAGAUGUCGCUGUUACUUUAAUAUGAAUAGACAAGUGAUCAAAUUAAUUAAAUAAAUGAAGAAAUUAAAACAAAAUUUCACAAAAUUGAAGAAUGUGCUGAGUUAUUAGAAGAAUUUGAUGAUAUUGAUAAAUUACGAUUAAUAUUUGUUUUAGAAAAUCCAAAUGAUUUUGAACUUGAAGAGAUUUUAUAACAUGUUCGUUUGCAAUUAAGAUAACCAUUUUCUAGAUUAUAAUUGGCAUCAUCUUUAUAAGAAUAUAUAGAUAGAGCAAGAUUUAGUGGAGUUUCUUCUAGAAUGAAGAUAUUUUUUAAAUUUCAUGAUAAUGAUUUGAAUUAUUCAAUCAAUUAAUUGAUAUAAGUUUAUAGAAAGUUAUAAUUUCAAGAUGGGACACUAAGAAAUAGAUAUGAAGAUUUAUUAUUAUAAAAAGGGCAAUUGAUUAAUAAUUUACUAUAUUUGAAUUAGUUGUAAUUUUAUGAGUUAGAUGAACCUGAAUCUGCAGCACCGUAAAUAGAUGAAUCAUAACAUGAAAUGGCUCAAUAUCUUAAAAAUAUUUAGAUAAGACAUUUAUCAAAUAACAAAUAUUUUUUUGUAAGAAUUUUUACAAUGCUUACAACUGUAUUAUCUAGAAUACUAAAUUCAUUGUAUAAUAUAAAAGAAAUUUUGAAGUCUUGCAAUUCUGAUAUGUUUGGACAUGAGUAAAUAAUUAUAUAUACAUAUUAGGUUCUAUUUAAAAUGGACAUAUAAUAAAAUGUUUAUAUAAUUAUCUUAAGUAAUACAAUAAUUAGAAAAAUAAUAUAAAAUCAAAUUAAUAGCUAAAGAUCCCAGUAUAAGAAAUUCAAAUUAGUUUUUAAAUGCAAUCUAUGAUCAUAUAGAGGAAAAGGCUUUGCGUGAAAAAACAACAAUCCAACCUAACCAACAAUAAACGAUUGAUUAGAUAUUGCCUCAACUUAAUCCAUUAUCGAUAUAAAAGGUUUCAUAAUUAAUCAGUUAAGACAUUUUCUUAUAAUAAUUUCUGAGGUUCUCAGAUCUUGCUUUAUUAAUAAAAAAUUAAUCAUCUAGUCUAAACGAAGCUGAAGUGAUCAAACUAAUAUAAAUUGAAGGCUAUGAUAUUGCUCAUUGUGAAUUAAGAUCUUCCACCUAACAUUUAUUUAGAGUGAUACAAGACAUAAUUACAGAAUGUAGAACUGUAAAAGAAUCUAGUGUUUAAGCUAAGAGCCUUGCUAAAAAAUAUCACAUUUAAGAAAUAAUUGAUAAACAUAUGUCAUCAUAUGAAUACAAAUUCAAAGAAUGGAAGAAGGAAGUACUAGAAAAUAAAAUAAAAUAAUUUGAACAUUAAUUUGAUGAAAUAACAGAAGCUCCAACAACUCCAGAAAUGAAACUUAAAUCAAGUAUUGCAACAAUUAGUACACAUAUUACAUCAUAACCAUCAAAAUUACAUUACAAUAGUCAAAUCACAAAAGAAUCUACUUUAUUAACUCCAACUUCAAAUAAUCUAAGAAGAUAUCUAAACACAGUUGAAUCUCAAAUCCCAAAUAAAAAAGCUCAACUUCCCAAAGAACCUAUUUUUGCUCAUUUACACUAGAUGAGUAGAAAAAUUAAAAAUGAAAAAAUUACUACUUAAACUCAUUUAAGGACUUUUACUCUUUAAAGUAUUGAUUCCACAAAGUAACAAAGUUAACAAACUAUUCCGCUAAAACUACUCCCUUCAAUACCAAUAUAGAGUUUUUCUUAAAAUCUCCUUAAAUAACCAACAAAUAAGAUUAUUACCAGACAACAUAGAAAAAGUCAAGUUGUUAAAACUGAGCCAACUGUAAAAUUAGAAACUAAAUAAAUACAAAACUAUUCAGAUAUCUAUGAGAAAUCAAAUAAAAAAUUAUUUGACUUUUUUAAAAAUGCUAGUAUGAAAAUUAAAUGA